AGAAAAACUCUGUCUCCCUCAGCUAUAUUCAGAUUGUGAAUUUGGCCCUCAUGCAGUUUCAGUUUGAGAUACUGAUGUAUGGUAUCUCAUUAUUUAAUAAAAUACUUAUUUCGUUUUCUAGGUGGUCUGAAAGCUGAACUUCUUGCAGUCUUAAUCAUUGCUGUAAUUUUUAUAAUUUUGAUAGCUUUUGGUGUUCCAUUUUACUUUUACUAUAAAAAAAAAUAUGGACAUGAUAUACCAACAAUGUUAUAUGCCUCUGUGAAUCCAGAGUAUAUGAGUGCAGUUUAUGAACCUGAUGAAUGGGAAGUUCCAAGAGAAAAAAUUGCUUUGAUUCAGGAAUUGGGUCAAGGAUCUUUUGGUAUGGUGUACAAAGGGGAAUUUAAAACUGAUGAUAAAGGAGUUCUGAAAUGUGCUGUCAAGACUGUCAACGAAUCAGCAUCUUUGCGGGAAAGGAUUGAAUUUUUACAAGAAGCAUCAGUAAUGAAAGCUUUUAACUGUCACCAUGUAGUAAAACUGCUUGGAGUUGUUUCUAAAGGUCAUCCUACAUUGGUUGUUAUGGAACUGAUGGGCAAAGGAGAUUUAAAGGCAUAUCUCCGUUCUCGCCGUCCAGACAAUGAAGAAAACAUUGGUAAUCCUAAUGUUCAACCACCUACUUUAAAAGAAAUUUUGCAGAUGGCUGUAGAAAUUGCAGAUGGAAUGGCAUAUUUAGCUGCCAAAAAGUUUGUUCACAGGGAUCUUGCAGCUCGCAACUGUAUGGUUUCUGAUGACCUUACAGUAAAAAUUGGAGAUUUUGGUAUGACUCGAGAUAUAUACGAGACAGACUAUUACCGUAAAGGUGGAAAGGGCCUGCUGCCUGUGCGUUGGAUGGCUCCAGAAUGCCUAAAAGAUGGCUUAUUUAGCUCACAGUCCGACAUAUGGUCUUACGGUGUUGUUUUGUGGGAAAUGGCAACUUUAGCUUCUCAGCCAUACCAAGGAUUAGCAAAUGAGCAAGUUCUUCAGUUUGUUAUAUCUGGUGGGAAGAUGUCAAAACCAGAAAACUGCCCAGAAAAAUUGUAUGCUAUAAUGGAUUUGUGCUGGGAUAAGAACCCAAAGGCAAGGCCAACAUUCAUAGAAUUAAUAGACAUGCUUCUCCCAGAUAUCAACCAAAAUAAAUUCCGUGAAGUGUCCUUCUAUUUUACUCAACGACAAGAAACAUGCGCCAAAGAAAAUGAACUUUGUGAUUCUGCCACAGCCUCCACACCCAUGAGGACUCAAUGGAUGGACACACAAAACUCUAGAGAGGAUUCUGAUGAUGAAUCAGAAAUUGCUUUCUUUCCCCCUACCAGGGACAUUUCUCAUGUGAAUUGCCAAGGGGACAGCUACCACCAAGAGGCUAUUAGGGGUGAGAACAGAGCUUAUAGUGUUCAUUCCAAUGAUGGCAGCAAAGGCAUGUCUGUCACUUCAUCUGAUGAUAGUAAGGGGAGUAAAAUUAGCAGUGCUUCAAAUGGAAGCAUAGCCAAUGGGCACAUCUCUUUCUUACCAGGUCGAACUACUAUGUGUUGAUUGCCACCUCGGCUGGUAUGUCUUCUCAGUGCUAUGGAAGUGCAAAGGUGCUUGAAAUAAUUUAAGUUGCAUCCUGUAUGUGCUGACAUUUGGUGCUGUUAUGGUACAUAGAAUAUUGGACGCGUUAAUCUUGUAAAUAUCUUUAAUGUUUGUUAAUUUUAACUUCCUUGGACUUGUAUAGAAUUGCCUAUGUGUAUUUGUGAUAUGUGUAUAUAUCUUUUAUGUGUAUAUGCAUGUACAUGUAUAUAUAUACAUGAAUGGGUAAGUUAACAUAUACGUAUAUGUGUACAUGUGUAUAUGCAAAGAUUUUAUUUAUGAUCUUGUACAGUAUUUGUCUCAUACAUUGAUUCCAGGACAAAGUUAAUAGAUAAAUAAUCUUGUUUUCUACAAAAAUGUUCAGCUAUUGUUUUAUUAUUUAUGCUUUUUUUUAUUAUUUGUCUGGAAGUCUUUAAAGCAGACCAUUAGGAACAAGAAAAGUUGAUGUGUCUUCCUUCCAUUACCAGCCCAAGAUUUUUAAAAUAAUACAUUCCCAGUGUACUGUGCUAUUUUAUUUUAUUAAUUUUCCUUUUUUCAUGCAAAGUAUAUCCAUUAAUAUCCUAUAUUCAUGUUAUUUUUAAGAAGAUAAAAAUAACUAUCAUUAUUUAUAAAGUUUUCACCCCCCAUGAAAUGAAAUGUUCAAAUGAAAGUCUGCAAAUAUAUUUCAUUAAUUGUGCAUCUAAUUCAUAGAGAGUUUUAAUGUUCAUUUAGCUGCCUUGUUACUGAACUUAAAAUGCUUUCAAAGGAAGUAAUAAAAUUUUUACUGUAAAAAUUUUCCUGUUUUGGGGAUAAUUAAAAAAGGUGAGAUAAUUUUUAAUUUAAGCAAACCUGUAUGCACAAAACAUGCAUUCAGAAAAUAAUGUUAAUGCGUCAAAUAGCCUUUAAAAAUUUAAUCAUUGCAGUAGAAUACUUCUGUAAUUGUAAAUUUGGCAUAUAAAGAGGUACUAGAAGCUAAAAAGCUAGUCUUUUCAAAAAAUUGGUAAUUCUGAUUAUUUGCACCCCCACCAAAAAGCUAUGGAAAAGUAUUGAUGAGGCAAUGCACCACAUCCCCAAUGCACUUUUAAAAUGCAAGGUCAUUCUUUUAUUAGUAUUUCUUUUGAACACAUUUGUUUUUGUUAUAAUGGAACAGUGGAAUUUGCCCUUUUUUAUUUUGAUUAAUUACAUUGGAAUGUACAUUGAAGUGCCAACUGUUCUUUGGUGAUUGUUAUAGUGGCACAAUGCCACUUUUGUUCAAUUCUCUGUCACAAUUUGCCCUUCCUAGCUGAGAACUGUAGACAUUAAAAGAAAACAACACCAAAAAAUGACAGAAUUUCUUGAAAAAUGUUUAAAUUUUAAUGAAUAUGCAGCCCUAGAUGCAUCAUUGAAAUAAAUGUAAAAAUUCCCAAGCAUCCUCUGCAAAGUUACCAACUAUUUCAUGACUCUCAUUGGGAGGUGCAGAUAAUUAAGAAAGUAACAAAAAAUCUUUCACUCGGACCUGCAAGAUGUGCAAUGAACUAUAAAAACUGUAUUGUGUUACAAAUUAUUGUAACAUUUUGUAACAGAUUGAGUUUAAAAGUAGUUUUCUUUUUCUGAGGAUAUGUAAAUACAGGUUAAAAAAAGUUAGCAACAGUAAUCUCUUAUUUAUUAUUAUUUGGAUAGCCAAUAUGUUUGCCAUUUUUUUAUAAACAAUAGUUUUUUUUUUUUUUUUUUUUUUUUUUUUUUUUUUUUUUUUUUUUUUGUGGUGUGUGUGUGUGUGUGUGUGACAGUUACAUAAAGGUUUUAUUGUUUGUAGUUUUUAUAAACUUUUCCAGGUAAAAAUUAUACUUUUUGUGCUAUAGCUAACCAAAAAGCCAAAGUAAUUAGUAUUUUUCUUAGCAACUUAGUUUAUCUGAAGUUGCCAUUUUUCAGUUUAUUUAUAUAUGCUUGAUGCAUAGUUGAGUUGUGAAUCUAAUUUGAAACACUGCCUGAGUUUCUUAUUUUACUUUCAUUGUAUUCUUUUAUAUAAAUUAAGAAGUUUCUAUUUUUGUAUCUUUUGAAUCUUCUUUAGAUGUAUCCCUUUUGUAGGCAAAAAAAAAUUUUGAACUAUUGUUUUCUUUAAUUUAAGCUGUAUUCCAUGCAGUUUUUAAUUUUUAUUUAUAACAAAAUUUUUGUGUUUCCGGUAUUCAGUGAAGCCUCAGUUUGAGGCCUGCUAAGAAUAAUAGGGUUCAGUUUGAAUCCUAUUGUUCUGGAAUUAGUUGGUUGAAAGCAUUUUGCUGGUACAUUUAAAUUUUACAAACCUAAAGAGGAUUUGACCGUACAUUUUAUUAUGUUAUUUUAUAAAUUUUAUUUGAUAUAAGAUGGGAUUCAGAAAGGUUUUAAGGUGACUGUUUCACAAAAUAAAAAUUUUUAUCAUAUAUUGUUUUCAAAGUGUGAAGAAAAAAUGUUGCUUUUUGCAUGAACAUAAUGUAAAACUGUUGUCUUAAAUGUGGCUAUGUGUCACCUUCAAUCAGAUCUUAAUAUCUUUAUUACAUGCAAGAUAAUACUAUGUUAAAUCUAAGUUAAAUGAAACAGGAAAUGUUUGUGCUUGUUGAAUGACUAUGUUAUGCUAUUAAUGUGACUAUUUGUUUAUAUCCAGUAGCACAUUGCUUUUCAUUACUCAGGUAAAAAGAAAAUUGUUCAAAAUUAUACUUUAAAUGUAAAAGAUAAGAACUAGAAAUCUUAGGUGGAUUUUUUUAUUAAUGUCUUCUGCACCUGUGAAGCAAUUUAGCAAAAAUAACUUAAAUUUUUAGAUUUAAAAUAUAUAUGCAUUGUAGUAAAUUAUUAUUUUCCCUUCUAUACCAAAUGGCAUUUAUUCACCUUUUUUAUUUGUUGCAGCUAGUUUUCUUCAGUAUAUGCAUUAGGAAAAUAUACUAUUUUCUAUUUUUUUUUUUAAUUUUUAUUUUGUUUUUAAAGUUUUACGUACUUCAUUUUUUACUUGAAUGUUAUUUGAGAUAGUAUUACAUAUUUAUAGCUUUGUGUUUGUAAAUAUUACAAAUUCAGAUUAAAAGGCAAAAGAAAAUUCUUUUGCAUUAAUAAUUGUUCUGAAAAUUAAUUAAAAAGUCGUUGCACUGAUUGUGUAACUCCUUGCUACUAAAGCAUACAAUUCUUAUCCUUCUAAAAGCAUUUUCUUGUUUAUGUGCUUUUUGGCAUUUUGGCUGUUGAAGUACCAUUACAUAAGUAAAAAAAUUAUGAUUAUGCUAUUUAUUCCCAUAUCUCUUGUAAAUGGUUAAAAACCACAUUUUAUAAGCUCAACAAAUUAUUAUAUAAUAUUUGAGAAAAUAAUAGCCUAAGAAAGAAGAUAAAAAAUAGUUUUGAAUUCAUUUAAUGUGCAAUUUAGCAAAAAUAACUUAUAUUAAAUAAUGUUUUCAAAAAUCAUUAAAUGGAGUUUAAUCAGUCUUUUUCAGUGAUGAGCAUUCACAUCCUGCAAAAAAAUGAAUUGUAAUUUUUGACAUCUUGAUGGUAAAGUGGGUAAUUUUUUUUGUAAGGGGAAGGAGGUAAAGGAUAAAGAGCAAAAUAUAUGGAAUGACUGGCAGAUUUAUUUUAAUCAAUUUUUUUAUUGCAUGUUAAAAAAAUUGCUCUGAUAUGAGAGACCAUUUAAUAGAUCAUUUUGUGCAUUAUUUUAUUAUAAUUUGAUACAUUUUUGAAGUUUUAAAUAAGGAAAGAAAGUGAUUUGCAGUAGUGUGAUUUAAUUUCAAACAUAAAAGUUUUUAAAAGUUAAGCAGUAUUAUUUGCUUAUAUAACAUAAAUGCUAAUUCUUGAUUAUUGAAUUUCAUAUAUUAAUAAUUUCAAUCAAAUAAUAGUUUAAAUUGUAACUUUAUACAAUUUUAUUUACCUUGUUUUAAUAUAUUUAAACAGGGGUUCUGAACCAGGGGGGAAUGUAAUCAGCUUUUUAUUAUUCUUAUUACGGUCAGUUAUUAAGUAUUUAGUUAUAGGUUAUAAAUAUAAAAAACUACUUUUGUUCAAGAUUUUGAGUUUGUCAAUAUUUUCUAUACUUGUUUUCUAAUUUAUAAAACACAUUAAAAAAUAAUCUAAGUAUGUGUAUAUGUAUUUUUCGAGUUUUGGAAAGUAAAGGGGAGGAAUGAUCUUCUAGCAGUGAUGAAAGAGGUGCAUAAGGCAAAAUAGGUUGAGAACCACUAUCUUAGAACAAAUUCAACUAUUCAUACUCAUUCUAAUAUGCAAAAUGCCAUUUUCUUAAGCUCUAGAAUUUUAUUAUUAUUACUAAACUUUUAUACAAAAUUAUUUUAUCAAUAAAUUAUAUGAAUCUAAAUUGUUUCAAAAAACUUUCAUUUGUAAUAAACUUAUAUAUAUAUAUAUAUAUAUGUUUAAAUAAAUAUGCUUCUCUUUCCAGACAUAAUGAUAAAUAUUACUUUAAAAAAUUAUUGUAAGUUUUUAUAGUCUGUUUGAAACGAUAUUAGCAGUGUACUGAAGAUGUUAUAUAUAGUCAUGCUGAAAUUAUGACUAACCAAUAGUUAUAGAAUUCAACAAAGUAGGCAAGAAGCUCAGAUUUGUAAUCUAAACCCAUACUGUUUAAGAAGAAGAAUUCACAUCUCAGUUCAGUAAAUGAUUGUACUCAUUCUUAUGCUGCAAGAAGGUCCAUUAAUUUAUUUAUUAUGAAAAGCGUUGUUGCCAAAAUGUUUUCAAUUUAACAUGUAUCAACAUGCUAGUCACUUACAAGAUUCCCUCCCCCAUAAAUUUUGCAUUUAAUUAUUAGUUAUGUUAAUGUUUGUAAAUUCAAUGCUAUAAAUAAAUGGAUUUCUUCCUAUAGUUUGUUGAUGUUUUUAAAAAGCUUAUAUUGGCCCCUGCUUAAUAUUUUUUGUAUAUAUGUGGAGUCAUUCAUAUAAAUGUCUACCCUACUUCCUCUUGAGAAAAGUUUUACUUUUCUAUAAUAUAGCGACACAAGUAAGAUAAAACUUAAAGAUGUGAAGAAGAAAGUUGGAAACCUAAAUUAAAACAGGUAAAAGCCAAUUUUAAUUUAGGUUUUCAUAUAUAGCAAUUUUAAAUAGAUAUCUAUUUAUUGCUUGUUUUGCCUAAAGUGGUUUUUCACAGCUCUCGAUUAAAGCGAGUUCAUGACUUUUGUUUUUAUAUGGUUAACUUGGGAGGAUAUUUCUUUCUAUGAAGAGUGAGUUAAAAUAGAUAGAUAAAAUCUCAUAUUUAGAACUAUUAAAAGCACCUUUUACAUUAUAUAGCAAAUACCAAAACUUGGAGAUUGUUUUGCAAGAGAGAUCUGAAGCUUGAUUUAAACAAAGAGAUCUCCAUUUAUCAUGAAGGUCUAGUUUGUCUUGAGAAACAAGCCUGGGAACUGCAUUGCUUAAUGCAGAAUUCAGUAUGGCGAUUUGGCAUGAUCAUGUCCCACUACUGGAUCAAGAACAGAGACUAGCAACAAUUUCAUUAUCAUUUAGAGAAAAUCUCUUCCUGAUUAGCAUACUGAGUUCAACAAGAAAUUUUAUUAAACAGUGAUUUUUAAACCUGUUUUAACUGUCACAAGUAAUGUUGAAUUUAAUAAAGCCAAACAAUGGUGUCUGAAAUAUAUAUUAUUCAGAGGUUUAUGAUUUAUUGCAUUGCUUAGAUGAGUCUGAACUAGCUUGACUUCAUCUUUUAUGAAAAAACUAAGAAUAUUUUUAUUCUCAAUUAAAAACAUUGAAUGAAGUUAAUAUUAUCUGAAGUCCUCAGAUUGAACUUCAUUGUUCAGGCAGCUUAUUCUCCUACAGUACAUACACUUCGUUUUUUGGUAUCAUUAGUAUUGCAGAUAUUCUCUCCAGUAUCCGUUUUAUUCAUUUUUGAUUGAGACUGAAAAGAAUAACACAUCCAAUUUUUCCAUUAUAAUUUUGAUUACAUUUCCACAGGAUGCCCAACAGGGGCCAAGUAGUAAAAUCAUUGAACACUGAUAGUUCAACAUGGGUUCAAUUCCAGGCAAAAGAUCUGCCUGCAUCACAUUGCACAGAUGGAAUAAUUAUGUUUAGAAAUUAGUGUAGCAGUUGUUAACUCCACAUUUGCUUGUUUCUUCUUUCUCCAUAGGUUUACACUUUGUGAAGAAUAUGUCUAACUUUGAACUUGUCAGUUGUCGUAGCAAUAUUUGCGCUUUUGUAUGUUUAACUAUAUUUUUGUAUGCUAUUCAUUUUACAACAGAUACAGUAAGACAUACCUUUACCAUUACUGUUUUCUUUCAACCAGUAAUGGUAAAGGUAUGUCUUUAAUUCCAGAUCUUCUUAUCAUUCAUAUCUAAAAUUUUGAGUCUAGCACUAUUUAUUAAUCUUUCUGUUUAGGGAACAAGUUUCAGACAUUGUGGGUAUGGCUAAUUAGUAGUUGUAUUAUUUAAAAAUGUUCUAUAAAAUAAAAAAAUAAAGCAUAAUCCAUUAACAUAAUAGUCACUUCAUUUUAAAAUUAUUGUAUCAUUGUGUACAGCACAUGCAUAAAUGUAAAAAUCACACCAAAUAAUGCAAUAACCCCAUGAAUGGUCACCAAGACUUUAUACAAAAGAUGACUUCUUAUUGCUCAAUGUAACAAAUUUAUAGUAUGAAUAAAAAUUAUAGUGUAAAAUCUCUGAAAUCUUUUUACAUUUGUAAUAUUUUAUUCAUAUUAUUCAAAGUUACAAAUUAUAUUAUUGAAUACCUUUGAAAUGAUACAGAUUAUUAUGAGUCUUGCUAGAAUAGAAUAUUAAGGAAAUUGUAAACUGUUAUUUAAUUUUACUGCAUUUACAAGAAAUAAAAUAAAUUUUGACUUAAGAUUAAAAAUUACUGAAAAAUCCAGAUAGAUAUUUAUUAAGGGGAAAAAAAAUUAACCCAGAUGACAAUUUAAAAAAAAAAAAAAAAAAAACUUGGGAGCCCUGCAUACAGACAAGCAUAAUGUAGAAAUCAAACCUAUGUCCUCGGUUUUGGAUUAGCAGUCAGCCUCCACUAAUUAUCUAAUUAAAUUAGAUAAUUAGUAGAUAAUUACCACUAAUUAAGUGCCAUUAAUAUACAAUUUGAAAUAAAAAAAUAAAAGUUUAGAAAUAAUUGUGUAUUGCUUAUAUUGCUAUUUAUACUGCAUGGAGCAGCAUCAUAAGUUUUAGGAUCAAAUAAUUUCACCAAGAAUCCAUUUAAUAGAUACUGAGGUUCGUUAACUGGAAAGCAGAUUCUUUUUGCAAGCGCUUAAUGCAUAUUUGCUUAAAAGUUUGAAAGCACUGUAGUCAUGAUUGGUUUUAUUUAUUAGUAUGAAAAGGUAAUA